AUGCAAAAUUCAGACAAUUCAGAUGAUUAGUAUGAUGAAUAAUAUAGUGAUGAUCAAUAAGAAUCUCCUCGCUUUCUAUAUAAUUUCAGAGAAUUAAAUCUGCAGAACAAAACUUUGUUAGGUGAAAUAAGAAUCAUUUGCAAGAAUUUGAUAUAUGUAAUUGGGUUAGCUCCUAGUUUAGCUAAAGAAGAAGUAUACAAUUUAAUUAUUUUUAAGUUGCUUAGAAAACCAGAAUAUUUUGGACAAUAUGGAUAGAUUUAAAAAUUGAUCGUAAUAUAGAGUAACACCUUCAAUCCACCUUCUCAUGCAGCCUAUAUCACUUAUCGUAAUGAAUAGGAAGCAUCAAUGGCUAUACUAGUAAACAUAUUAAACUAACUUAUCGGCUUGUGAAGGUUUUCCUUUACAUGAAAGAUUGGUCAAGGCCUCUUUUGGAACCACCAAAUAUUGUACCAAUUUCUUGAAGGGUCAAUUAUGUAAAAUCAAAGAUUGUGUUUAUUUACAUUAACAUCCUAAAGAUAAAGAAUCAACAUAGGUUAUUAAAAAAGUAUUCAUUACUUAACUUAUUAUCUUAGG